GUUUCAAUGUCGGAAUGGGACGAUGGGCAAUGUAUUUGGAUUAAUUGUUCAGUAGUUGUGACUGAAGUGUUGUGUAACAGUGUUAUACGUCUUCCUACACUGUUGGAAUUCUGGGUGUCUGAUUCUUGGGGAAAUGUGGUGCUGUAAAAGCAGAAUGAGGAUCAGGAAGGAAGCAAUGGCUUUAGAGUGGGGGUACAGUCAAAUUAAUGGUCCCGAAACUUGGCCAAAUUGUUACCCAGAUGCCGCUGGCCAACGUCAAAGCCCCAUAGACAUCAAUCCCAUAGAUCUAAAAACUUUGAAUUACAAUAGGAGAUUAGAAUGGAAAUACGUGCCAGAAAAUACUGAAGCUAUCACAAAUCCUGGUUAUUGUUGGAAGGUUCAUGUGAAAGGAGCUGGUUCAGCUUUAACUGGAGGACCCUUAGACGGCAAGUACGUACUAGAACAAUUUCACUGUCAUUGGGGGGAAAGCGACGACCGAGGUUCCGAACACACCAUCAACGGACAAACAUUUGCUGGCGAGCUACACUUUGUGCACUGGAAUUCGACGAAAUACCAUUCAUUUUCGGAAGCUGCUAAACACCCAGAUGGUCUUUGUGUACUCGGAGUAUUCUUAAAGGCUGGCAAAAAGAAUUCCGAGUUGGACAAAAUCGUCGCCCACCUGCCAAAAAUCCAGUACAAAGGACAAACCGCCAAAAUCUCAUCGCCUGUCAAUCCUGCCCUUCUAAUCCCUGAGAACAGUGGUUACUACACUUAUCAGGGAUCACUAACAACUCCUCCCUGUUCAGAAUGUGUGAUCUGGAUAGUGUUUAAGGAACCAAUUGAAAUUUCGCACGAUCAGUUGGCUGCAUUUAGGAGACUAAGAUCAUACUGCACUGAGGACAGUUGUCCUGCCGACGAGUUUAAAGGAUUCGUGAAAAACAACUUCCGGCCCACUUUACCCUUGGGAAAAAGAGAAGUUAAAGAAUGCAGGCAAUAGAAGGGAAGACGAAUAUAUUAAUUUCUCCUGUGGAGAACAAAAGAACUGCUGAGAACGUAUUAAUAAAACCACCAUAUAUUUUCAGAGAUAUUUACUAUUUCAAAGGUACAUAUAAGUUUUCGAUGACAAAAUUUGCAUACUAAAAUACAUAUAGUAACAACAACAGUUGCAGUUAUAUAUUCUUACAUAAAAUGUACAAGUAGUUAUUAUGUAGUGCGUAAUAGUGUCAUAUUGUUUGUUUAGUGCGAUAAAUUGUUCAAUAGCAAUUCAAUAAGAAACUCAAAGCGACAAUAUCAGGUGUAUUAGAAUAAUGUUGAGAAGAUCUCUAUUAGCAACUAAUUAGUCAAGUUCCUAACACAGAUAAGCAAAAGCACAUAGCGUGCCUUAAAAUGAGAAGUUAAUAUAAUUAUAUUACAAAUUAAAUACAUACAUAAACUGUAAAUAAAAAAUUUUCAGAACUGUGUUAUUUCAUUUUCAAAUAUUAGCAACAAUAUCACUUCUAUGAGAAAACGAAUAAAGAAUGUAAGUAUAUGUGAAACAGAAAACUUCUCAUAAAGUUGAAUCUACCUGAGUAAGUAAAAACCAAAGAAAACAGAGUACUACUUGGGCCGAACUACAUCAAAAUAACAAAAAAUAUAUAUUUAUGCAAAACGAAAUACCGCUUUCAAUUAAUUUUUAACCUCUCUUACUAGUACUAAGCAAUUGUAAUUUUGCUAGUCCAGAUAAUUUAGCAUCAAUUAUAUUUAUAGAAUUUACAUUUUUGGAAUCUUUUUA